GUAGUUAAGUGAAUAUUGUCAACCUUUUAACUUAUAUAUAAGUUUAUUGAUAUCUUCAAUUUCAGAAUAAUUUCUUCCGUUCAAGAAACAUAGAAAUAUCUUUUUGAAGAAUGUUUAAAAAUAUUUGGGAGUUUCUAUUAAUAUUUGUUUGCUCUAAUUGGAACAUCAGAGUUUGGACAGACUCUACUGCAAAUUGGACCGUGCUAAAUGAAAUUUGUGGGAUUUCAUAUUCAGAUCGCAUUGUUGGUGGUUCAAGAGCCUCACUGGGUCAGUUUCCAUGGAUCGCUCACUUGGGAAUAAUGCGUAGGAAUAAUUAUGAUACAUUCACUUUGAGUUAUGAAUGCGGUGGAGCUCUCAUUCAUCCUACAUAUGUUAUCACAGCAGCUCACUGUACUGUUGAUUUUGAGGAAGGGGAAUAUUUAGCUGCUAUAAAACUUGGAGAACAUAAUUUAGAGACUGAGAUUGACUGUGAAAAUAAUGAAUGUGCAGAUCCUUUACAAAUUAUUCAGACAAAAAAAAUCAUAAUUCCCAGAGAAUAUGAUGGGACGAUUCUUAAACAUGAUUUGGCAAUUAUUGAGUUGUCAGAGCCUGCAAAUAUUACUCAAUACGUUAGUCCAAUUUGUCUUCCCACCGAAGUUCUCAGGCGAAAUUCUUUGGUUCGUGAAAUAGUCGAAGUUGCAGGCUGGGGUUGGUUUGAUAUUGAUGAUCCGAGAUCUUCUCCAAUACUUCAGUUCAUCAUGCUUCCUGUCGUUGAUAUUGAAAGAUGUAGAGAAAUAAAACAACUAAAGCAUUAUAAUUUUAGUAUGGGGCAAAUAUGCGUGGGUGGUCAAGCAGGAAAAGAUUCUUGUAAUGGAGAUUCAGGAGGUCCACUCGUGAAAAUAUUUUCUUCUAAGGAAUAUGGGCCACGAUAUUAUCUAUUUGGAAUAGUUUCAGUUGGUGUUCCAAGCUGUGGAAAGUUUCCACUUCCUGCUGUCUACACAAAUGUUUCGCAUUAUUUACCAUGGAUUUAUAAUAAUGUCAAAAUUUAGUACAAUAA